GUAAUAAGUAAAUAUCAAUUUGACCCAGAUUUUUGCCGCUCUCUGGAAUUCAAGCCCGCUAAAGCAUUUGACGGUCAACGCCUGAUAAACCACGUGAUUCGAAUUGAUGACAUCAAGGAUAGAGUAUUGUGUAAGAUACGAUGUUUUAAGGAGCCAAACUGUGUCAGUUAUAAUUUCGAAAAACAACCGAGCGGGAACAAUGGAACGCAUAAAUGUGAGUUGAAUGAUGUCACUCACGAAGAAAACGAAGACGACUUAGUUCGGGAUUACAAUUAUUUCUACCGAGGAGCAGAGGCAAGUGUCAAUUACAGUCUUUUUAAUUACUUAACUAGAUGGUAAACAGGUCUUCAACUAGUCAGAACCAAGGAUUUGAGUUAAUUGGUUUUAUUAUUAUUGGACCUUUAUACAUCGUAUUCAAGGAAUGUUUCACUUCACAGUUGCUAUUCACAAAAAUAAUCGUCCGCUACAUGAGAAUUUAGGGUUUACGGUAACAUGUACGUUUUUACGUUUCAAUCUUGGUCUAGGCUAUCGGAUGAAAAGCUGGAUAUUGUUGCAAGAUAUGAAUCUUUGGAUAGCAUCCCUUGCGAGAUUUUUUUAAGAUGUCAUUUUUUUCAUUUGAUUUAGAAUACCUGUUUGGCAAAUCCUUGCAAGAACAACGCUACUUGCCAAAGUGGUUUUACCGAAAAAGGUUAUCGAUGUUGGUGUACUGCUGGUUUCAAGGGCCAGACUUGUGAUGAAGGUAUUGCCAUUAACUGAGCUUUAAAUUUACUAUCUAUGAAACUUUAAGCACAUUCGAAAUUCGUGCUAAAUAAAAGGUAGCUUUAUUUAUAAUGGUAACUGAACUGAGUGGAGUGCAAUUUGUAUAUGUAAUCACAUGAGGCCAAGUACUAUUAAGGAUUAAUUGCACGAGAGUUUUCAAAAUUUUCCAAAAUUGCCCGAGUCGCGAAGCGACGAGAGCAAUUUGGAAAAUUUUGAAAACUCAAGUGCAAUUAAUCCUUAAUAGUACGAGGUCUCAUGGGAUUACUUGUUUAUCAAUAAAGGGCAAAAUUUAUACGAAGGAAAAUCACGCGCGCAGUCUAUUUUUAUCUGAGAAGCCUGCUUAGCGCUACGGCAAAUCAUCAAUCAAAUUGAACUGACCAAUCGAUUCAAUGAAAUUUUAUUCUCCAAAACUGUGUCGUGAUACACUGCCAAAAGUCUAGAAAACAAAGCUCAUUUCAACAGAGCGUUUCUGCCAACAGAAAAACAACAAAGUGCUUUUAACUGAACAAGGUAAUCAUGCCCUCUCUUGAUUACUAAAAAUGCCUUCGAUUAAGAAAAAAUGCCCUCUCUCUCAACCAAUCAGCGCUCAGUAAUUUUGCCCUUUAUUGAUAAGGGCUGAAAUCAUACGCGUGAUUUCAAAAUCGAACGAGCGCGCAGUGCGAGUUCGAUUUGAAAUCACAAGUAUGAUUUCAGCCCAAAAUUGCACGACACGAGGUUCAAUUACCACUUUAUUACAUCCAUUUUGAAAUCACCCAAAUACAGGACUUAGUCAAUUCGAAUAUUUUAUUGAUGCAGUACUGAGCCGGUUUUUAAAUAAAAAGCGGAACCGGAAAUGCAAAACAGAAAGACUUUGACGUCAUGUGUCAAAUACUCAGUCAAGCGUAUCAAAAGAAAGACAACUUUCAUUCAAGAAAUUCGAGAAGUCCUUAAUAACUCAGAAAAAUAGUGAAGCGUUAAAGUUCAGUCCUCGUCGUCUGACUCAAUGAUGUAAGCUCUUCGUUUCUUCUGUGGUUGGGGUGGAAAAUUCUGGCUGUCUCUAGAGAAGAAAUUGAAGGUGCAGCCUGUGUAAUUCUGCGAUGGAACGGGAGCAGCACAACUGAAGGCUUCCAUGCGGUACUGAGACUGCAACGGAAAACGUGGUGGAAAUCCUGAAAAUUCAGCCGGCUGAAAACCAGGAUUGGAGCCCAUGGCCUGAUGCAUUUGGCCUUGUUGUUGGACGUGAUAAAUAGGAACCAGAGGUGUUCGUUUAUGUUGGACUGCAAUCUCUUGAUUUGAGGCUUCAUUUGCAGUGUUUUGGCGGGAGACUUCGUUUGCUUGAUUUUCGUUUGACACUUCUUUAUAUCCACUGAUAAUGUGAGACAGUUCUUUCCUGUGAUUCUCGUCUAUUUCAUCGUAGUCGUCUAACGAAGAUUCACGUGCAUGGCCUGUUAUUUCACAGAUAACAUUGCGCGGUUGACCAGACUUCUUCAGUUUUGAUACCAAUGUUUUCCUCAUGCUGUGGUUCGUCAGCUUCCUAUUCGUCCUGAGACAGGAGGCCAUGGAUUUCAUUAAAUUGCCGAUGGUGUUUUGUCCCAUUCGAACUUUGGUGUACCAAACAUGUGCUGAUUUAGGACGAUUUAAGAUAGAGUGGCCCUGUGUUCUUCAUUCCUUCGGGUCGCUUGGACAACCAAAGCUUGAAUAGCCGCACUGGAUCGCUUUUUCCGCCAUCGGUGCUGAACAUUGCCUGUGGUGUUGUUCUUCGCCUGAUGGUGAGACCACCGCUCCGCGUUUUAGUGGGACCUUCCCUGAACUCAACAACUUCAGUUCCAUCUUCUCGCUGUCUUAUAAUUACGUCUUCCACGUAUGCAUUGUAGUGUUCUUGGCGACCACGAAAUCCCAGUUGUUCUGUCAAAUUUUUGAAGUUGACAUUGGUCAAGACCUUUCCAUUAAAAUCACCCAACUGACCUUUUUCCCAUAGGGCUGACUCUUCUUCAGGUGUGAUUGGCUGAGCUUUGUUGGGUCUCUUUCCCUUUCCUUGUUGACGUAGGGAAAUUGCUUUCGCAUUGAGGAUUUCUUGUGAGGAGUGAAACUCUCUCGAUCGCACGAUGCUCAAUGGAUAGUUCUUCUCCUUUAGAUACCGUUCAAUGGCACUCUGCAUGAUUUUAAGGGAUUCUGGCUCGUAGUCAUCUCCGUCCUUUUUUUUCACCUCGGCGUAAAACUUACUCAAGACCUUGUCAAGUUUUUCAGGCGCCAUUGUUUCGAUGGAGACAUAUUCAAGAUGGCGGCAUUGUCACCAGCUUCUGAAAACAUUCAUCCAUUGUUUUGUGGAGCGGGACGUAUUUUUAUUCGAAGCGACAGACUUAAGCUCCUGUAUUUCAUCGCUAGAAAUGAUAGGAAAUCUUGAAACAUCUAACUCUUGUGGUGGCUUUUGAUUUUCUUCGUUUGUUGCUGACUCGGUGGACUCGGGAUUGUGCGGAUUUUGAGCUUGAGAGGGUAGAAAAUCGUCAAAAUAUUCACCAAAAUGUACACGAAAAGUGGGAAAGUCCCUGGAAUGUUGGUCUUCAGCCUGAAGGAUCUCAUUGUCAUCAUUCAAAAACUGGAAAAAAUUAAAUUCAUCCAUUUUUGGGGGGGAAAAAUAAGAGUUAUGGAAACAAAAGUUGCAAAAUUUGCGAAAUGAUACUCUUUGUCUUUCAUUUUCCUGCAAUUUGAUUGGUUACUUUAAACAAGCCUUGAAAUCUGAUUGGUUGUUUUGUUUUAAGUGUAACUUCCUCAUUGGCUGGAAAAAAGAUGCGAUUUAGAGCAAAAAAUGGUGCGAUUCGUGAAUAAAUCGCACCAAUUAGAGCCAAUCAGAUCACAGGGACCACCAGUGAUUUCAAAAUGAAUGUAAUAAAUGAUAGAAACCAAUAUGAUCAAGGAUCACACAACUGUGAAUGUAAACCUGGAUAUUCAGGACACGAAGGGACCUGCACAGGUAAUGAAAUGAUGUCUUACAGGUGAAAAUGUAGGCUGAGAUCGAUUGCUAUAUUCUAUGGUAUCAAUGCAAUGUUAUAAAAAUGCAACUGACAUUUUAACAAGUAAAUAAAUAAUGUGCAUACUUAGAUAUUGACGAGUGUGCUGCAGGAACACACAGCUGCAGUGCUGAUGCUGAGUGCAACAAUAUCAAGGGAUCGUACAACUGCACAUGCAAACCUGGAUAUUCUGGGGACGGAAGGACCUGUACUGGUAAUGCCAUGGAAUAUGGAAGGUUAAAUUCAGAGGCAAAAAUAUUCAAUAUCGUUGAUGCAAUGUUGCAAAACACAUAAAUUGUUGCAUUCUAAAUUAUCAAUGUCACGUUAUGCAAAUAAAUGCAAUUGACAUCAUAAAAGAUCAAGUUAUGAUAUGCAUAUUUAGAUAUUGAGAAAUGCUCUACUAAAGAGCACAGCUACAGUGCUGCUGCCGUUUGCAACAAUACUGAGGGUAAAGAUGGACCUCUAAGUGAAAUGUAGAGCACACAGUUUGUUUUAUUGUAUAUUAGCAGUGCAAUGUCAUGAAAACAAAUGUUACCGAUAUUAUAACAGAUCAAAUAAUAAUGUUUUUUAAGAUGUUAAUGAAUGUGCUACAGAAGAGCCCAGUUGCAACCCUGAUGCUGUUUGCAACAAUACAAAGGGAUCGUACAACUGUGAAUGCAAACCUGGAUACUCUGGAGAUGGAUGGAGCUGCGAAGGUAAUGCAGUGAGAUAUUGCGAAUUAAUUGUGGGGCCACAGAGAUAGUCGCACUCUAUACUAUUAAUACUAUACUAAGAGAGAAAAAUUAAUGGUACAGGAUUUAUUCAAGAUGAAAUAAUGAUAUGCUUAUUCUGAUAUUGAUGAUGUUGCAAAGACCUGCACGGCUGUGGUGCUGAUGCUUAUACAAAACAUUUCGGGGAAUCAAAUGUACAAAUUUACAAGUACAUGAAGACUAAAAAAUAUUAUGGGGACAGAUUAACCUCAACGCGUAUUUCAAUGAAAUGUUGCAUGUUGAAUUUGGAGACACAUACUGGUAUUCUAUAUUAUCGAUUCAAUGAAACGAAAACAAAUGCUACUGACAUCAUAACAGUGCAAGUUCUUAAUUAUUUACAUAUUUAGAUAUCGACGAGUGUGCUACAAGAACACACAGCUGCCGUGUUGAUGCGGUAUGCAACAAUACAAAGGGAUCGCACAACUGUGAAUGUAAACCUGGAUAUUUUGGGAACGGAUUGACCUGCACAGGUAGUGCUAUGCAAUAUGGUAUAACGAGUAGAGCCACAUGGAUGCUCGCAUUUUGUUCAGACGAGCAAUAUUUUGCGAGGAAAUUUUUUUAUACGAUGUUAAAAGGAUCGAUCGAUGAUUUUCGUUUUUAGAUUUCGACGAGUGUGUUACAGGAACACAUAACUGCAGUACUUAUGCGGUAUGCAACAACACAAAAGGAUCGCACAACUGCAAAUGUAAACCUGGAUAUUCUGGAAAUGGGCAGAUAUGCAAAGGUGACUUUAGUUGUGUCCUUGUUGUAUUGGUUGAUGUAUUCUUAAUUAAACCAGCAAGGAGUUACUGAUAAAUUUAAGUAAUGCUUCAAUUAUCCUAUUUUCACCAAGUUUGCAGCAAAUAUGUCUCCAAGAUAAACAAAAGGUGCUGAAGUGGACAGUUGCCCUGUUAGCCCUGCUAAAAUCCCCUUGAUAACUUUAAAAAAGACAAAAACAAAAACAGGAUAGGGAGGGUCACCACCCCUUAUACGUCUAAGUUAAUAUGUGACUACUUCCUUUUGCGGGAAUGCAUGGCCUGGUUUCCUGACUUUCAAUAUUAAAGUUUAACUUAAAAGAACGUUUUUCGUUUUAUUGUUUUCUUCUUUGGUUUAAGAAAUUCAAAUGAUUUAUUCAGCUAAUCUGCUUUCAGUUUGACGUAAAAUAACAGAAACGGGAGGUUAGAGAGAUAGAGAUAAAUCGUUUAUUAAAAAAGAAACACCUCGCAGUCCGAAGUCUGAAUUACGUGUAUAAUAUACAAGUUAUAAUUAAAAUGGAUUUAAAAAACCAUAACAACAGAAAUGUACAAUCUAAUAAGAACAUUUCACAUAGGAUAACCUUGUGUUAGGAAAAUAUACAUACUUAAACAAAUUCAUUUACAUACUUAGGCUAUGACGAACAAUAAAAGAUUUUUUAAGACGAUCAGUCUUGCACACUGGCACGUAAAACUUUCUAUUGCUGCGCAACUGCCUAUGGUGCUCAGCAUAAUAUAUUGUUUGACAAUUGACAAUGACAUAACAAUUGUUUGACCGUUUAAUGGUAAUUAAACCAAAUAUGGUGCAACUUCAGAUAUUAACGAAUGUACUACAGAAGAGCAGAGCUGCAGUGUUGAUGCUGUGUGCAACAAUACCAAAGGAUCCUAUGACUGUGAAUGUAAACCUGGAUUUUCAGGGGAUGGAUGGACCUGCAAAGGUGACAUAAUGUAAUAUCGCAAGCUGAAUUCAGUGCCAGAUAGAUUUUUGGAUUGUGCAUCAUUGGCGCAAUGUCUAUGAGAACGGAUGCUAUUGAAACUAUAAAAGAUGACCAAUGAUAUGCAUACUCAGAUAUCACAAAUGAUAAAAGUGGUUCAGAAGAGCACAGCUGCAUUGCUAAUGCUGUUUUUUGGGAAGACUAAACCUGCACAGGUAGUGCAAUAAAAAGCUGCAUGUUAAAUUUGUUGUUAUAUAAAUUGUUGUAUUCUAUAAUUUAGUAUCAGUGCAAUGUUAUGAAAAUAAAUGCUAUUAACGAUAUAACAGAACAAAGACAAACAUGCAUAUUUAGAUAUUGACGAAUGUAGUACAGAAGAGCACAGCUGCAGUGCUGAUGCUGUGUGCUAAAAUGCCGAGGGUUCGUACAACUGUUCAUGCAAACCUGGAUACUCUGGGGACGGAUGGUAUUGCAAAGGUAGUGAAAUGAAAAAGUGCAUGUUGAAAUUAGGGCUACAUAAGCUGUGGUACUCUGUAUUAUCGAUGCAAUGUUAAGAAAACAAAAUUAAUGCUACAGAUACCACAACAGAUCCAUUAAUCAUGUCUAUUUAGAUAUUGACGAAUGUGCUACACAAGAUCACGGCUGCAGUAUUCAUGCUGUGUGCAGAAAUACCGAGGGAUCCCACAACUGCACAUGUAAACCUGGAUAUUCUGGGGAUGGAAGGACUUGCCAAGGUAAUGUAAUGAUUUAUUACCCAUCAAAUUUAGAACCACAUAGAUUGUUUUCUAUAUUACCGAUGCACUGUUAUAAAAACAAAUGCAAAAAGCCAUAUCAAAGGCCCUUUUAUCAUUGGCAUAUUUAGAUAUCGACGAGUGUGCUACAGGAACCCACAGCUGCAGUGCUGAUGCUGAGUGCAACAAUAUCAAGGGAUCGCACAACUGUCAAUGUAAAUCUGGAUAUUCUGGGAACGGACACACCUGUACAGGUAAUUCAAUGGAAUAUUGCAUGUUAGAUUUACAGCCAAAUGGAUUGUUACAUGCUAAUAUAUAUCUGAUCAGCAUUUUCGAGAGCGACAUGCUACUGAUUUUGUAAAAGAUCGAUUGAUGAUUUGCUUAUUCAGAUUCCGACGAGUGUCUUACAGGAACACAUAACUGCAGCGCUGAUGCUCUAUGCAACAAUACUAAAGGGUCGCACACCUGCACAUGUAAACCUGGAUAUUCUGGUAAUGGACAGAUAUGCAAAGGUAACAUUGGCUGUUUCCUUCCUUGUAGAUGUAAAUGCUUUCCUCAUCAAAUCAGUGAGGGGUCACAAACAGAUUUAGACAGGGCUACAAAAGAAGUUUUGAAUCACAAAAUUUAAAUGAUUAUAACUACCAAACCAUACGUUUUAGUUUCCUUGCAGUGUCCCACUGGUUGGCGUAUUGAACUCUGGAUGCUUAAUUCUGGAUGCAAGAGCUGUUGAUUUAUUUUGCUAUGUUUGUGGGUUAUUAGAAGGCCCCUUUCUAACUUAUGAGAGCGAGUUAACAUUUAGAGGCUCGCCCAUGUACUGGUGGAAAUUGAUCGAAAAUCCCAUUAUGCUACAAAUAGAACCAAGAUAGGCAGAUUAGGAAAAGAAUCGAAAAAAAAAUUGUUAGAAACAGAAGGAAAAACAAACGAUCAAACAAACAAAAAAACAAAAAGAAAACAAACUCUCGGAGUUGUACUCCUUUUAAAUGGGUGGUAUUUCGCUUUACUUUGCUUUGUCACAAUUUGUCUUUGCUUCAGCUGUAACUCCAUAUUAAUAAAAUUCCAAAGCUAUUUUCAAUUAUUUCAAUCGUUCUUUGGCACACAAUUAAUGAAAAGCAUUGAAAAAACUAAUAAUUUACAAUAAAUGAAAUUACGAUUAGUAGUAAAUAGUUUCUCGGAGUUUCUAUUUGAAAUUAAGAUGUCACAAAAGAUUUGCUUCAAAACCAUUCAAGAGCUUAACGUCAUCAAUAAAAAAAGAGAAAUUUUUUUAGUUGUAUGUUUCUUUAUUUUGUUUGUUUCUUGUUUUGUUUUUUUGGAAAUGGCAACUCUGCAUAAGACGGAAAAAGCAUGAGCUUUUACGUCAUUACCAAGCAUAGAGUAUGCAACUACCUCUAACGUACGCGUACAAGGACGGAGAUUGUUGUUUACUAUAUUGCCGAUACAAUGUAAUUUUAAAAAAUGCUAACAGCCAUAUCAAAGGUCAAUUUGUCAUUGGCAUAUUUAGAUAUCGACGAGUGUGCUACAGGAACUCACAGCUGCAGUGCUGAUGCUGAGUGCAACAAUAUCAAGGGAUCGCACAACUGUCAAUGUAAAUCUGGAUAUUCUGGGAACGGACACACCUGUACAGGUAAUUCAAUGGAAUAUUGCAUGUUAGAUUUACAGCCAAAUGGAUUGUUACAUGCUAAUAUAUAUCUGAUCAGCAUUUACGAGAGCGACAUGCUACUGAUUUUGUAAAAGAUCGAUUGAUGAUUUGCUUAUUCAGAUUCCGACGAGUGUCUUACAGGAACACAUAACUGCAGCGCUGAUGCUCUAUGCAACAAUACUAAAGGGUCGCACACCUGCACAUGUAAACCUGGAUAUUCUGGUAAUGGACAGAUAUGCAAAGGUAACAUUGGCUGUUUCCUUCCUUGUAGAUGUAAAUGCUUUCCUCAUUAAAUCAGGGCUUCAAAAGAAGUUUUGAACCACAAAAUUUAAAUGAUCAUAACUAACGAACCAUACGUUUUAGUCUCCUCGCAGUGUCCCACUGGUUGGCACUCUGGACUCUGGGUGCUUAGUUCUGGAUGCAAGCGCUACUAGUUUAUUUUGCUAUGUUUGUCUUAUUAGGGCGAGUUAACGUUAAGAAGCUCGCCAGUGUACUGGUGAAAAACUAUGCAUUGCUCUAAAAACCCCAUAAUUCUACAAAUAGAACCAAGAUGGGUAGAUUACGAAAAAACUAUUAAAACACAAGAAAAAACAAACAAACAAACAAACACAAAGGAAACAAACUUUCGGUGUUUUACCCGUUUUAUAUGGGUAAUAUUUCGCUUUACUUUGCUUUGUCGUAAUUUGUCUUUGCUUUAGCUGUUACUCCAUGUUAGUAAAAUCCCAAAGCUAUUUUUAACGAUUUUAAUCGUUUUUUGGCUCAUAAGUAAUGAAAAGCAUCGAAACAACUAAGAAUUUACAAUAAAUGAAAUUAUAAUAAAUAGUAAAUAGUUUCUCGGAGUUUCUACUAGAAAUUAUUAUUUGCUUUCAAAACUAUUUAAGAACUUAAAAAUGUCUGUUAAUUUAUUUUUUUGUUUUUUGUAUUGUUUUUUUUUAGAAAUGACAACUCUGCAUAAGACAGAAAAAAGUAUGAGCGUUUAAGUCAUUACCAAGCGUAGAGCAUGCAAUUACCUCUAACCUACUCGUAAAAGGAAAUGCUUCUCUGUAUACAUGAUUCAAUUUCAUUUAAUCGCAGGAGAAGUCUCACUUUUUCUCACUGCCACCUAGGCAAUCUUUAGUUCUAAUGUGUUUCGAUUUUCCACGUGAUCUUGCAGACUUCAACGAAGUAUGUCCACACUUUCGGAUUUUUUUAAUCAUUAUUUAUUUAUUCAUUUAUCUGUUUUAUCAUUUGUAGUUUUUUUAUUAUUAUUAUUAUUUUGCAGCCGUCGUGUUUUCAAGCUGCAAAGAAGCUUAUGACGGGAAAUUGUAAGUACGAUUAAAGAUAAAAGAAUGAAAACGAUAGACUUGAUCUUCUUGAUCUCGCAGUAAGACUAAUAAAGGCCAAAGAAUAGAGCGGGUAGCUAUGCAGUCAUCCCUUCUUUUUUGAUACGCCUGUUAAAUUUGGUAUUCCUGAGAGUUUAUAAUCAAAUGGUAUUCCAAAAUGGUGUAUGCAUACCACAAGCUCAACUCCUUUACUUAAUUUUAUUCAAUCCGAUUUUUUUUUCCAGGCUAAACGUAAGUAACGUCGUUACUCUUCGUAUCGACUCGAAGCCAAUUUCCGUUUUCUGUCACGUGGGGAAUGUAGGAUGUGGAGAUGGAACAUGGACACUUGUUAUGAAGAUCAAUGGCAGCAUGGUAUUUAUCUCUACGUAUACUUCAUUUAUUCGAUUGAUUUUCAGAAGAUUUGGGUUUUGGUUUCUGAUGAAUUUAAGAAAAUACUUUCGAUACCAAAAUUUUGAUUCUUUAUAACCUCACCCAACCUGCACAAUAAAGGUUCCUGGUUCGCCUUCAUAUCACUAUGUUUGACCUUUUCCAUCUCUUUGUCAUUAAAUUUGUGGCCUUCUUCAAGCCAAUGUGUUUUUCAGGCGGGUCGCAAGAGAAAAUACCAACAAGAAUGUUUGGAAAAAGUUUUUUUUUUUUGCCGAUGAUCGAUUUCCAACAGCUUAGUUUUGAAAAGUCAACGCAAUGGAAAGCCAUUUGUGGUAUAUUUCUAUCGUGAUGUGAGUCACUCUCUCAAUUUAUUCAGAUUUAAUGAAAUCUGUUGGGUUUCCAUCGACUUUACAUUGGCUCUCAUAUCUUUUGUGCUGGAGGCCGUUAAGAUCGACUUAAUAAUUUGUCUUUCGUGUUUAUUCCAUGGUAUUUUCCUUCUUUUUCUGAUCAGCAAACUUUUCAUUAUGAUUCCGAUUAUUGGAGAAACAAGAUAGAAUACAAUCUUCCUGGAGGAGAGACAGGGUUUGACACAGUGGAGACCAAGUUACCAACCUACUGGAGCACAUCAUUCUCCAAGAUCUGUCUCGGUAUGAAGAUCGACCAAGAGCUCAGAUUCAUUGUUAUUAAUAUGGAAGCCGACUCUCUGUACUCACUGAUCGCUGACGGAAAAUACCGCCCGACAGUUUUGGGUCGUGAGACAUGGAGGUCUCUGAUUGGUCCAAAGGCUUCUUCGCAGAUUUACUGCAACAGAGAGGGGUUCAAUCUUUACCCAUUGACAGCUUAUUGGGAAUUUAGGGCUCCUAAAGCAAGGAUCGGUUUUGUCACCAACAAUGCAGAUAACUGCAACGAUGUUAAUACCAGAAUCGGGUUUGGUACUGGAGGGCCACAUGAUGACAGCAACACGUGUGGAAUCGUCGCUGACAGAAGCGGUCUUGACAAUGGGAAGCAGUUCAUUAAAGCCAUGGGGUACAUCUUAGUGCAGUGA